CCUAGAUGGUGGCCAGCAUGCAGGAAGAAGAAAUUAUUAUAUAAUACAAACAAUACACAAAGACUUCUUCUAAUCUAAUCAUUUCUGCUGUUCUUACCUUUUUCUGGUCUUUUUUUUCAGAACAGCUUGUGCAUGAAAUUGAUACUUAGACCUUGAUGAGACAGCUGCGGGCCACAACCAAAGCAAUUAGAUAGAAGAGACUCGAACAUGUGUGUAAUGUAUCAACCUCUUGAAGGCGACUUCUCACUUCUUUUGAGGCUUCCCCUUCUCCAUCAAUUAAUAAUAAUUCAGGACCUUCAUCAUAGAUGUUGUUUCCCUUUCUCAAACUUGUAUACAUCCUUCCUUCCUUCUGAUCUCUUCCACUUCCAACUUAGUUAUAACAUUAAUGAAACACAAGCCUAUUAAGAUCCCAAGGCUUUGCUUCUUCUGAGUUCUUACAGACCAUUCUUCAACUAGAAAAUUAAGCUUAAUUUCUUCUUCAAAUGGGGAGGCAAUCUUGCGGUUACAAGCAGAAACUAAGAAAAGGGUUGUGGUCCCCGGAAGAAGAUGAGAAGCUUUUGAGGUACAUUACCGAGCAUGGACAUGGAUGCUGGAGCUCCGUCCCCAAGCUAGCUGGUCUUGAAAGGUGCGGAAAGAGUUGCAGGCUGAGGUGGAUCAAUUACUUAAGACCAGACUUGAAGAGAACCAGAUUCUCAAGCCAGGAAGAGAACCUCGUAAUCCAACUUCAGUCAGUUCUAGGCAACAGGUGGUCUCGAAUUGCAGCACAGUUGCCAGGAAGAACGGACAAUGAGAUAAAGAAUCUAUGGAACUCUUCCAUUAAGAAGAAACUCAUGCAGAAAGGUAUUGACCCUAACACCCACAAGCCACUUUCUGAGGUUAAGCUUUCUACCAGCAAGAGCCCUGAGAAGGCCUCAAGAGAACUGGAUACAGCGAUCUCACUCAAUCUCAAGGCAGAUAGUUCAAAGCCAUCACUCAUUGAUGUAUCGAGCUGUAAGAUUGAAAAAGGAGAUGACAAUUUGAAUGCCUCCAAAACCAGUGCCCACCAGGAAUUCUUCCCAGACAAGUCUUUGCCAUUCAAUCGAUACCCCAACAUCCAGCACAGCCGUUUAGAUUCAACUGCUUACCUGCAAUUCCCAGUCCAGCAGUUGAAUCAUGAGCAAUUAGAGCUGGACCAGAAGUGCAGUCUUUUUGAGCCAAACCAAGAACUCAACUCCAGAACACUAGAACCCACGAUUUCAAGGUCAAUCUUAUCUGCUCAAAUGGACAAUAAAGUCCAUGCAGGUCUUCCCUUUCAUUCAAUGGGCACAUUCAAUAACAUCCAUUGGGAUUCAAGUAAUUGCAGCAGCGAAAGUAGUGAGUUUCAGAAGAAGUCCUUAUUCGACAGCAACGUCUUCUCAUGGGGGUUGGCAGAUGAUGGUGGAUCAUCAGACAAGACCUUACAACUCCAUUCCGCUGAUGCUGAGACAACAGAUAUCAAGUGGUCGGAAUAUCACAACACAUCAUUUCUAGCCGAACACAAUCAACAGACACUACACUCGUGAUGCACCAAAUCAACGUCUAACCACCAGAAAUAUCGAAUAGAUGGAGAUGGCUCAAACGCAAAUUGGCAUCACUGGUGGUAUUAAUAACAAUUAUUUUCAAAGCUCGGAAUACACGUGAUUACGUUGUAAUGACUUGUGGGAUAAUCUAGGGAUUAAUCAGCUCUUAAAAUUUAUAUGCAAACAUUUGAUGGCACAGAGGAAGAGGACUUCCAUUUUAGAAAGACCUUAGCUGUGAUUUCAGAGUGUCUGUUGCAAGAUAGUUUACAGUAUUUCUGUAUGUCAAAAUGGCAGAAUCAAAAUGCUAAUCCUUGGUUCUUGGUUGGCAGAA